AUGGAAACUUUUCUAGGAUUGAAAAUGUUGGCGAAAGACAAGGAAUGUACAGGUACCUUGGAAGCCAAGUCGUUAGAGUUGGCCACUGAGCUUUCUAGAUACAGAAUUCAUGUGGCAUGUGUUCAAGAGACUAGGUGGAACGGGCAGAAAGCACAAGGCAUAGAGGGAUAUAAGUUUUUUUUGUGGUAUGCGGGUUUGGAUGGUAAAAGUAGUAGGGUUGGUAUCCUUAUGUAUAAUGAUAUUCUAAAGCAAGUGGUUGAAAUAAGAAGGUGCAACGAUAGGAUUAUGCUAGUUAGAAUAGUAGUGGGGGAAGAGGUCAUAUCGAUUGUCAGUGCUUAUGAGCCUCAAGUUGAGCUCGAUGAGCAGGUGAAGCGUGAGUUUUGGGAUAACUUAGGAGACCUUAUGAGGACGAUCCUGGAGGAUGAAAAACUUUUUCUAGGAUGGGACUUCAAUGGACAUAUAGGCAGACAGGCGGAAAACUAUUACUCGGUCCAUGAAGGGUUUAGUUUUGGUGCAAGGAACGAGAGUGGUGAGCAUUUGCUUGAGUUUGCGCUAGCCAAGGAUUUAGUAAUAGAAAACUCAUUCUUUAGAAAGAAAGAGAAGCAUUUGAUUACAUAUAAUAGUGGUGGGCAUGCAACCCAAGAUGAGGAGGAAAAUUGUCAAGAAAAAGUUAGAGUUCAGGGAAAGAUCAUGUGGGGGAGACUUAACGGGGGUGUGGUCACAACCCUGUCGAGCAAGAUAAUCGUGUUGGGCUACCCAAAUCAGUCUGAUGAUGCAAAUCAUAUGUGGGUGACUAUGGCAGACACUAUUCGAAAGAAGAUAAAGGACAAAAACAAGAGUUUUAAGGAACUUAUGACAUGCACGGAGGAGGUGGUUAGUAUUCAAAAAAGAGAGAGGUACAAAGAAGCAAAGCGGACGGCAAAGAAAGCAGUAGCAGAGGUAAAAACUCGUGCCGAUAAGGACCUUUAUCAAAAGCUGGAUACCAUAGAAGGGGAGAAGCAUGGGGCCAAAAAAGGUUCCGACAUUCAAAGAUCGCAUGAUUACGGGUCAAUGAGUGAUAUCACUACAAAGGAAGUAGGAGAAGCUCUCAAAAAGAUGGGGAGAACAGAGGCACUUGGUCCAGAUAACAUCCCGAUUAAGAGGAAUCAAACUUCUAAGCCACACAAUGAAAUUGUGGGAAAAGGUGAUAAAGAGGAGAAUCAGACAAGAGAGAUGAUCAGAGAUAACCAAUUUGGUUUCAUGCCAGGAAGGUCAACUACUGAGGCUAUUCACGUACUGAGGAGACUAAUGGAAAAAUAUAGGGAGCGCAAGAAGGAUUUGUAUAUGGCUAAAGGUAUUUCAUUAAGGUACAUUGAAGUUAUACAAGAUAUGUAUGACAAUGCUUCGACUAACAUUCAGACACCGGUGGGGAUAUCAGAAUUUUUCCCAGUUAAAGUAGGACUUCAUCAGGGCCCAGGGAUUUCUAAAACUACCUGGGAGACGAUAUCGUGGUGCAUGUUAUUCGCUGAUGAUAUCAUGUUGGUAGCAAAAACUAAAGAGGAAGUUAAAAAUAAAUUGGAAGAAUGGAGGAAAGUUUUAGAAAUUAAAGGGUUACGCAUAAGUCGUACGAAGAAUGCAUAUUUGCGAUGCGACUUUUGUGGGACACUGCCGAAUGCGGAACCGGAAGUGUCCAUUGGUGAAGAUGUUGUUACAAGUACGACCAAAUACAGGUAUUUGGGAUCGAUUUUUCAGAGUAAUGGAGAGAUUGAUGGAGAUGAUACGCAUCAAAUCCAAGCGGGUUGGCUCAAGUGGAGAGCAGCCACCGGGUUGCUAUGUGAUAGAAAGUUCCCAAGUAGGUUAAAAGGUAAAUUUUACCGAGUGGCAAUCAGGUCUGUUUUGUUGUAUGGGACAGAAUGUUGA